CAGAGUGUGGUGGCCCCGCCACCACGAGAGCCCCACGUGACAUGGCAUUAUGAAUCACCUCCACAGUGCGUGACUCAGGCGCCCAACACCACCACCACGUUUGUGUUGGCCACAGCGCGCCCACGCUGACUCCCGCCGCACCGUGCUUGGGCCCUCCACACUUCGCUCCACAGUGCGUUACUCACAUAACUACUACUGCAAAAUAUAUAUAGCCUGCGAUUCUCGGAUCAAAUGAUUUUACCAUUACAUUACAAGACAGUACAACCAGUACAAGACAACACAGUACAACACAGUACACCACAGUACCCCACAAGCACAGCACUAGCACAAGCCCUUCACAGCACAAUGUCUACCGAAUACAGUGACGACAUCUUCGAGUUCAACGACGACCUCUCGUCGGUUCCCCAAUCGCCCUCGUUGGACGCCAGCUCUCCCGGAUCGCCCUAUGAGGACUACGGCUACAACUACAGCUACGGGUACUCUCCCGAGAGUCCCGAGGUCCGCGACAUCGAAGACCACUUCGAACCCUUCCUUUACGAGUGCUGCAUCUGCAACAAGACCCACACCUCUCCCUGCGAACACAGCGAGGACGACAUGAAGUUGAACAACCAGUGGCUCAUGUCCAACUACAGAAAGUGGCAGACUUCGGUGGUGAGAAUAUAACACCACGUUGGCUUCAUUCUCGUUCUUGCAUUUCUUUGGGGUUGGGUGUGCCGGCUGGUUAUGGCACGUUUAUAGCAAUUAAUACACAUUAUAGAUAAGUUCAAAGACGUACGAAGAACGAAAUGGCGAUUUAAUGGUUAACUAGGUGGCUUUCUGCUCAAAUGCUAACCACUAAAUUCAUAUAAUAUACACCAAAUGGUUAUCGAGUUCUGGUAUCUAACAAUGCAGGUAUCAGUAGUUAUUCACUGGGAUUCUCUGCCUACCGAGUCCUACUGAACCACUCGCCUAUACCCGCUCUAUACCCGUCACACCUGAUCUCCGCAGAUCUUGUCAAUCUGUCAUCGUGUGCAACCAGCCUGUUUUGCAGUUAGUGACCCGAAAACUUUUCACAACCAUUUUGUGGUGUCCGUGUCGCAUUGCCUAGUGGGCCACCAAGGUAAAUCGUGAAACGAUGAGUCAAUAGCCUGAC